AUGAUUUUAUUGUUAGAAGAUUUAGUAUUUAUAAGUUCUACUCAGUUAGAAGCUGGUGAAGAAAUUUUUAGACUAGAAUCUGAUGAGAAUUUAACACCUAAUCGAUUUUAUGAAAAUUCACUUGGAAGGAAUAUGGAAGAAAUUAAUAAUAACAAUGAAACUGAAGAUGGAUAUAUGCCUAUGAAUGCUUCAACCAUUAUUACUUAUGAAAAUGAAAGAUCAAUGAUUUCUAUUGAUAGACCAACUAUUUCUAUUUUAGAAAAUAAUUAUAUUGAAAUUGAUGAUUCUAAUGAAACUACAAUAGUUGUUAGUUACAAAUUAAAUAAAUCUUCAGUAAAUGAAGGAAGUGAACACAUUUAUGAAAGUUUUGAUCAUUCAGAAGAGAGUAUUUAUGAUGAAAUAACUGAUAAUAAUUCAAAAAAUAAAUCAAACAGUGAAAAUAAAACUGAUAAACAUCAAAAAAAACAAACAAAAGAAUUAAACAGAACUAAAAACAUAAUUUGCUUUUUUAUUGGUUUAUUUAUUGGAAUUAGUUUAUGUACUAUUUAUAAUGUUAUUACUUAUUUUUAUCCAAUAAUUAUUUAA